GCAUGCGGUAAUGCCUAGGUAUAGUACGGGUAGAGAACAAUCUAACAAACUCAUUAUUUCCAAACUAACUCCUUGUGUCUUUUGAUUUCUUGAUGUGAAAAGUUUAUUUGUCUUCAUUGAUUGAUCGAAAAGCAAAGAGAGAAAACGAUGUCGACAAUUAAUCGUAGUGUUCGUACUGCAUCAAGAACUCUUCGAUUACCAACCCAAUCACGAAACUUCAGAAUCCUACCUUCUCUGCGAAGUCGUGCAAACUUCGGAGCUUCAACAAGGACAACACCAUCGCUCAAACAAUUCUCCACCAUGUCUCCUUUGCAAUCUGGGGCCCCGCCACCACCCCAAGCUCGAGAGUACGAUCCUGAGAUUAAGGAUAUCGCCAGCUAUGUUCAUAACACCCCAAUUGAAUCGGAUCUUGCUUUCGACACAGCUCGAUUUGUUUUCCUCGACACUCUAGGAUGCGGUCUCGAAGGUUUACGAUUCAAAGAAUGUACAAAGUUGCUGGGUCCAAUUGUUGAAGGGACUAUUGUUCCUAAUGGUACAAAGGUCCCAGGUACACCAUUUCAGCUCGAUCCUGUAAAUGGUGCAUUCAAUAUUGGUGCUAUGAUUAGAUGGCUCGAUUACAAUGAUUGCUGGUUGGCUGCAGAAUGGGGACAUCCUUCUGACAACUUGGGAGCAAUUCUCGCAGUGGCAGAUUGGAUUUCUCGAACAAACAGAGCUGGUGGAAGUCUCGGCAAUGGCAAAGUCAUAACUAUUAAAGAGGUUUUGGAAGCUAUGAUUAAGGCACAUGAGAUUCAAGGUUGUCUGGCACUCUUGAACUCUUACAAUAAGGUCGGUUUGGACCAUGUUGUACUUGUCAAGGUUGCUAGUGCUGCUGUAGUUUCCAAAUUGUUGGGAUUGAGCGAGAAGCAAACCGCAGAUGCAGUUUCACAAGCUUGGGUUGAUGGACAGAGUUUAAGAACAUACAGGCACUCUCCAAACACCAUGUCAAGAAAGUCAUGGGCUGCUGGUGAUGCUUGCCAACGUGCCGUAAACUUAGUCUUGAAGGUUAUGAAGGGCGAGUCUGGUGUUCCUACAGUUUUGUCUGCUCCGGUCUGGGGUUUCUACGAUGUUCUCUUCAAGGGUAACAAGUUUGAAUUUCAACGUCCAUAUGGCAGCUAUGUCAUGGAGAACGUUUUAUUCAAAGUAUCCUAUCCAGCUGAGUUCCACUCUCAAACCGCCAUUGAAGCCGCAAAACGUAUUCGUCAACAAUUGGUAGACCAAGGAAAGUCUGCUGCUGACAUCAAGGAGAUUACCUGCCGAACACACGAAGCUUGCGUUCGCAUCAUCGACAAACAAUUCAAGCCUAUGGACAACUUUGCCGAUCGUGAUCACUGCAUCCAAUACAUGACCGCAGUCAUGCUCGUUUUUGGACGUCUUGAAGCUACAGAUUAUACCGACGGAGGGGAGGCUGCUACUUCUCCUUUGGUUGAAUCGCUCAGACAAAAGAUUGCCUGUGUCGAAGAUCCACAAUUCACCAAGGAUUACCACAACGAGAACAUGCGAACCAUUCCAAAUGCUUUGACCGUCACAUUGAACGAUGGACAAGUUUUGGAAGAGGUUGUCGUUGAUGCUCCAUUAGGUCACAGAUUGAGAAGAGAAGAAGCCAAACCAGAAAUUUUGGCCAAAUACAAGAGACAUUUGGGACCACAUUACAGCGAAGCUAAGGUUAAGGAGUUGGUUGACUUGGGCAAUGACUCGAAGAGACUUGAGUCAAUGGCAGUAGAUGAGUAUGUUGACUUGUAUGUAAGUAAGGACAGCAAGUUUGUUUAGAUUGAUGAAUUAGAUGAAUACCGUGUUUUUUGUUGAUUGAGUUCGUCAACUACGGUUACAAAUUCCGGUCUAUGAGAUGUAUUGAUUUGUCCUGAAAGUUUAGUGGUGUGCUUUGUUCUAUUUACGUUGCUUAUCAAUUUUGAGGACCGGGUUGAAUAUAUUGUGAAGAGAAAAGGGAGCUCGUUAAUGAUUACAUGCUUGGUUCUCUAGUCUAGAUUGUAGACCUAGAGCUCACUAGUGUUCGUGGAGUUUGCUGAGUUGAAGGGCAUGCGGAAGGCUUUGACUUGGUGGGCGGGUUGUUUUCCUCGUCGCUAUUGCUCUGGCGGUAUUAGCAGAUGAAUGGAGAUACUGUAGGGGUAAGGAUUGCUGUCACGUGACAUAUGAUACUUACACCUCUGCGAUAUCUCAUGAUGUAAACCUCGCAGACCAUUUAAUCAUUCAACAGACGAGAGCAAAGUUAACUCUUCGGUUGAUAACCCUCAGUAUGCUCGGCGAGAUUCCCAUCCAAUCAUAUGCUUACAUCAUGUACCGGUAUUGCAUUUGCUUCAUGAUCUCAUUUCACACUCGUAGCAUAGAUUUAUGUAGGCGUUAAAUGAAUCGAUUGCGGAAGA